UGGAGCCACUUCCCUGAAAUCUGGCCAACCACGUGGGAGGACAAGCCGCGAAAGCAAGACAGACGGACUCUCUAAACAGAAGACCCGGUUCCAGGUCCAGCGCCGCCCCUUACCGGCUCUGCCACCUUGGGCGGAUCUCAGAGGAUUCCAGCUAAGGCUUAAGCGUCGGGCACAUGUUCUUUACCUGUACUCUCCGUAACCCACUAAUUCAAACGCUAGUGUAGCCCUUUCUCAGCCUCCCCUCUGCGCCGCGCUCUGCCAUCUUCAGAGCUCUCCUUGGCCACCACCAGCGUUCUACCACCUCCUCCCCCUCGCCCUCCCCAUCCUCCCUGGCGGCUGCGGCUUAAUUUCCCUCAGUUUCAGUAGCCUCUUGCCUCGCGGGAAGGACUGGCCCUGUGCACUCGGACCCCGACCACUUCCCUUCCUUCCUCCCCGCUUGGCAGCGGGCUCGGCCUCGCGCUCCGCUCGCGCACCGGGGCGGCGCGUCCCGCCCUCGGGGCGGGGUGUGACCGAGAGUAGAGAAAGGAGGCGCUGCUUCCCCGCGGAGCGGCCGGGGCUCCCGCGCACCCGACGCCGGCCGGUCCUGGCAGCCUCCGCUGGGCCCGCCGCGCCGCCCGCCAUGAGGCCGUUGUUGUACCGCUGCCACAACACCACCGCGGUGGAGAAGGGCAACUCGGCGACGAUGAGCGGGGUGCUCUUCAGCGCAGGCCUCCUGGGCAACCUCCUGGCCCUCGGGCUGCUGGCGCGCUCGGGGCUGGGGUCGUGCCCGCCGCGCCCGCCGCCCUCCGUCUUCUACGUGCUGGUGAGCGGCCUGACGGUCACCGACUUGCUGGGCAAGUCCCUCGUGAGCCCCUUCGUGCUGGCCGCCUACGCGCAGAACCGGAGCCUGUGGGGGCUGGCGCCCGCGUCGGGCAGCUCGCUGUGCCAAGCCUUCGCUUUCUUCAUGUCCUUCUUCGGGCUGGCCUCGACCCUGCAGCUCCUGGCCAUGGCCCUGGAGUGCUGGCUCUCCCUGGGGCACCCUUUCUUCUACCGACGGCACAUCACCCUGCGCCGGGGUGCGCUGGUGGCGCCGGCCGUGGGCGCUUUCUGCCUGGCCUUCUGCGCGCUGCCCUUUGCGGGCUUCGGGAGCUUCGUGCAGUACUGCCCCGGCACCUGGUGCUUCAUCCAGAUGGCCCACGAGGAGCGGUCGCUGUCGGUGCUGGGCUACUCAGCUCUCUACGCCGGCCUCAUGGCUCUGCUUGUCCUCGCCAUUGUGCUGUGCAACCUGAGCGCCAUGCGCAACCUCUACACGAUGCACCGGCGGCUGCAGCAGCGCCCGCGCCCCUGCGCCCGGGACCGCACGGAGCCCGGCGCCGGCGCGCGAGAGGCGGCCCCGCAGCCCUUGGAGGAGCUGGACCACCUCCUGCUGCUGGCCCUCAUGACCGCGCUCUUCACCGUGUGCUCCCUGCCUUUAAUCGGCCCUGGGAACUCCAGCCUGCAGCCGCACGGCAGGUGGGACAGCCACCAGGACCGAGACGGGCUCCCGGGAGUGCCCCAUCCCACGGGAUACCAGUACCGUGCUUACCGUGGAGCGUUUAGACCUGUCCUGGAGGAGAACGGGACCACGGGGGAAGCCGAAGACCUCCGAGCUCUGCGCUUCCUGUCCGUCAUCUCCAUCGCGGACCCUUGGAUUUUCAUCAUUUUCAGAACAGCGGUAUUUCGGAUGUUUUUUCACAAGAUUUUCAUUAGGCCUCUUAUGUAUAGAAAUUGGCACAGCAAUUCCUGCCAAACUAACACGGAAUCCAGUCUGUGACAGGUUUUAUCCUUUCUGGUAAGAUGUGGAAUAUAUCACAUUUCGUGUCAAAGAACUAUGACAAAAAAAUCCUACAAUUUAAAUCCUUAAAAGUCAUUUCCCACAGCAAAACCUCUAAAUGUGUUUUCAAAAGUGUUUGAUGUAACAACUUGUUGUCACUCUAUGUUCAUGAUCCCAUUCAAUGGAUUUUUUUCAUUUUGAGUUAUUAACAGCAACUACAAUUUCAUGUAUUAUAAAUAAUGUUACAAGUCUUAAAGUGAUGAUGUUAAUUGUUCCAAUGUUUGUAUUUGGUGCCCCUAAUUUUUUAGAGGGGUCUUUAUUCAAAUCCAGUGGAAAUAGCACUGUUUACAGUUAUGUGAUAGGUGUUAAAAUUUCUUACCCUGUUCAUUUCUAGAGAAACCUGAUUUGUUUACUUUGUAUCCUAAUUACCCCUAUUUAAUUCUCUUCUUUGCCAACUGCUCCAAGUAUAGCGCAAAUUAUAGAUGCUGCUCAGAGGAGUGAGGUGGGAAGUAUGACCGGGUGGCGUGUGGAGGGCAAAGGCAUAAGGAAGCAGACACAGGUGAGAUGGGACUGUGCGUGGAGGCAGAGAUGUCAGUCAAAAUCAAAAUUCAGGAGCGGGUUACUAGGUAUUGGCUCAGUUUGUGGAGCCCCAUUCGAUAGGUUUAUCGUAUUGACUGAUGGAUGCUUCGGGGACGGAUUAUGCUUCUUUGAAGAAAGUGAUGCCUGACUUGCCAGAGAGCCGUGUUUGUGCGUUUGUCUGUGUGAAGCAGCGGGCGUUCCACACGGUGAGGAACCCACCCAGGACUCGCUCACCUCCGCUGAGACUGGUGGCAAUGACUCCACCUGUUAACAGCCGCAGUAGGCUCCUCGUGGAGCCAGUAAGAUCUUACUGCGGUUCCUGAGAGCUGCGCCUUCAAAAGUGGAGCAGCAUGUGGCUCAGAUGGAGCACAACCGAUCACUUUAUUGUACCUUUAAAUGUUUACAAAAGUGAGCAACACUAUGACCAGAGAGGAAGAGUGGGGCAAAUGCGCCUGCAGCUAAUGAACCAGCCCAGAGACUGAACUCAGCUGCAGGUGAGAUCUUUCCCCUGAGGCAGAAGCACAGGUGGGGGGUGAGCGUGCAUCUCGGCACCUCUGGAGCCCCUUCUUACCCAACACACCAGACUCUCUGCUGGAGAGUAUCUGCACCGAAUAGUCCCGGGUCCCCCGCUCAGCUGUGCCUCCCAAAGGCGAGCGUGGCUGCCUUACUUCCAGCUUGGCAGAAACCCUGCUUUUCACCUCUGCUUUGUCUCAGAGAUGGUAUUAACCUGGAUAUAUGUGUAUUUUUUUAGAGCAAAACUGUGAAGUGGCUGAAUUAGGAAUUCACGAAUUAUAAUUGAGAGUAUGGCGUGAUGGAAAACGCAAUUAUUUUCAAGGUUUACCUUGGUUUUUGUUUUCUGUGUGAGUGCAUCUGUGUUUACUGUCAGAGGACGUGCAGCUUUGUGUUCUCCUUUGGGAACAUGUGUUACAAUAACUGUACAGGUAUUUGGAAAAGUUCCAGAUGAUUCAAUAAACAUAAUUUUAUAAUA